AUGGAUUACUAUGGCACCAGACUGGCCACCUGCUCUUCUGACAGGUCUGUCAAGAUCUUCGAUGUUAAAAACGGAGGACAAAUCCUAGUGGCGGACCUGAGAGGGUAAGACGUGACUCUGCUUGAUUAGGGGUCGACUCAGCGAAAGGAAAUUGCCUACGAGCAGCACCGCAGAUAUUGCAAUGAGCGAGAUGCAAUACUUAUUUUCCAGCACACACAGAGUGAACUGUCAUGUCCCUGUUUCAUCUCCUCUCUCCAUUACCUGUGAAGUGCUGUAUCCAGAUAUCUCUGCCUCUAUCUCCCCUCUCUGCAGCCAUGAGGGUCCUGUGUGGCAGGUGGCCUGGGCUCACCCCAUGUAUGGCAACAUCCUGGCCUCAUGUUCCUAUGACAGGAAGGUGAUCAUAUGGAAGGAAGAGAACGGAACCUGGGACAAGAUGUACGAGUACACUGGACACGACUCUUCAGGUAAGAACAUUCCCGGUAAAUAACUCACAAAUGUAUUCAAUUCAUAUUUUACGUAAUUUAGCAGACACUCUUAUCCAGAGCGACUUACAGUACAUUGAGUGCAUACAUUUUUGUAUAUGGUUAGAAUAUUUUCAAUGAUCUUAUUGAAAAUAUUCAAACCGAGUUCUUCAAUCCUUGUGGGUGCUUGGGAACCCACAGGGUAUGCAAUGUGUUGUUCAAUUUCACUUUCGAUCAAACCCUAUUCAAGACCAGGGAUGAAUAACACUGCCAUUAAGCAUUGUCAGAAGCUCUCUGUGUUUUUAGUGUAUAUUAAUGAGUACUUCCUGUCUUCCUUCUUGUGUUUCCAGUGAAUUCAGUGUGCUGGGGUCCCUAUGACUUUGGUCUGAUCCUGGCCUGUGGCAGCUCAGACGGUGCCAUCUCAUUGGUCACCUGCUCUGGGGAUCAACAGUGGGACAUUAAGAAGAUCAGCAAUGCACACACAGUGAGUAACCUCCUGAGUGGCGCAGUGGUCUAAGGCACUGCAUCGCAGUGCUAGCUGUGCCACUAGAGAUCCUGGUUCGAAUCUGUCGUAGCCAGCCGCGACCGGGAGACCCAUGGGGCGGCGCACAAUUGGCCCAGCGUCGUCCAGGGUAGACACUAAGUAUUUUCUCUAGGGCUGGGUUAAUAUGAAUAAACCUAAAGUGUAAAAUGUCAGUUGUGACUGUCCUGCUGGUUAUCAUAGUCCUAAUUGAGUUCAUAUGAAUUCAUUUCCUUGGUCUGGACAUGUCAGUAUGUGACUGUGUGUUGUAACCCCUCUGUCCUGUUAGAUCGGCUGUAACGCAGUGAGCUGGGCUCCAGCAGUGGUGCCAGGUAGUCUGAUAGACCAGCCGUCGGGUCAGAAACCCAACUACAUCAAGAGGUUUGUCUCAGGAGGCUGCGACAACCUGGUCAAGCUCUGGAAGUAAGUAGCGGAUGAUUGGAGGGUGUCUUAUCUUCUCUGUUAUUGAAAUGCUUCUGUUUUAUUUACAACACAGCUACAGCUCCUUCAGAAAGUAUUCAUACCCAUUGACUUAUUCCAUAUUUUGUUGUUACAGCCUGAAUUCCAAUCAAAUCAAAUUUGAUUGGUCACAUGCGCCGAAUACAACAGGUGCAGACAUUACAGUGAAAUGCUUACUUACAGCCCUUAACCAACAGUGCAUUUAUUUUUAACAAAAAAAAGGAAAAAUAAAACAACAACAACAAAAAGUGUUGAGAAAAAAAAGAGCAGAAGUAAAAUAAAAUAACAGUAGGGAGGCUAUAUAUAUAUACAGGGGGGUACCGUUGCAGAGUCAAUGUGCGGGGGCACCGGCCAUCUACAUACAUACUCCAUAAUGACAAAGUGAGAACAUGUAUUUAGAAUGUAUAGAAAAUAAAAUACAGAAAUAUCUCUUUUACAUAAGUAUUCAAACCCCUGAGUCAAUACUUUGUAGUAUCUCCUUUGGCAGCGAUUACAGCUUUGAGUCGUCUUGCGUAUGUCUGUAUCAGCUUUGUUAAGUUAGAUGGGGAGCGGCAGUAAACAGCAAUCUUCAAGUCUUUCCACAGAUUUUCAAUGGGAUUCAAGUCUGGGUUUUGGCUGGGCCACUCAAGGACUUUCACAUUCUUGUUCUGAAGCCAUUACAGUGUUGCUUUGGCUGUAUGCUUGGGGUCAUUGUCCUGUUGGAACGUAAAUCACCCGUCUAAGGAUGUUUGCGCUCGGAAGCAGGUACUCAUCAAGGAUUUGUCUGUAUUUGUCUCCAUUCAUUGUUCCCUCUAUCCUUACCAGUCUCCCAGUCCCUGCAGCUGAAAAGCAUCCCCAUAGCAUGAUGCUGCCACCACCAUGCUUCACUGUAGGGAUGUUGUUAGAUGGGUGAUGAGCUGUGCCUGGUUUUCUCCAGAUAUAGCUCUUUGCAUUCAGGCCAAAGAGUUAAAAAAAAUUAUCAUCAGACUACAGAAUAUUUUGCCUUAUGCUCUCUUUCACGUGCCUUUUUGCAAACUCCAGGCGUGCUGUCAUAUGUGCCUUUUUCUCAGGAUUGGCUUCCGCAUGGCCACUCUCCCAUAGAUUGGUGAAGUGCUGUAGAGACUGUUGUCCUUCUGGCAGGUUCUCCCAUUCCAGCCAAGGUUCUUGGUCACGUCUUUCCUGCUCAGUUUGGUCGGAUGGCCAGCUCUAGGCACAGUCUGGGGUAGUUCCAUAUUUUCCCCAAUGAUGGAGACCACUGUGCUCUUGGAAACGUUCUACACGCUCAGAUUGUUUUAUACCCUUCCCCAGAUAUAUGCCUCAUCACAAUUCUAUCUCGGAGAUCUACGGACAGUUCCUUGGACUUCAUGGUAUAGUUUCUGCUCUGACAUGCACUGUCAACUGUGGGACCUUAUAUAGACAGGCGUGUUUCUUUCUAAAUCAUGUCCAAACAAUUGAAUUGGCCACAGGUGGACUCCAAUCAAGUUGUAGUGACGUCUCAAGGAUGAUUAAAGGAAAUUGGAUGCACCUGAGCUCAAUUUGGAAUGUCAUAGCAAAGGGGUGUGAAUACUUAUGUAAAUUAGAUUUCAGUAUUUCAUUUUCAAUAAAUGUGCAAACAUUUCUAAAAACAUGUUUUCACUUUGUCAUUAUGUGGUAUUUUGUGUAGAUGGGAGAGAACUCAAAAUGUGAAAUAAGUCAAGGGGUAUGAAUACAUUCUGAAGGCACUGUAUAGUUCCAUGAAAUCACUCAAAUCUUUACAAUUUACUUACUUGCAUUAACAUCAAUUCUCUUGUAAUAACAACAUGAUGAUAUAGUUAUAACAGCGUGAACAACUUUAUGUAAGGUGUUACCAAAUAGGUUCCGAUGGCAAGUGAGGAGUUUGAAUAAAAUGGUUGACAGACAGGUUUGUGUGUCUUCUUUCUUAGAGAGGAGGAUGGCCAAUGGAAGGAGGACCAGAAGCUGGAGGCUCACAGUGAUUGGGUCAGAGAUGUAGGCUGGGCUCCCUCCAUAGGACUACCCACCAGCACCAUUGCCAGCUGCUCUCAGGUAACCUACUGUCAGUAAAAAAAACAUUGUAUGGCUGGUACAGAUGUAGGAUCUUUAUUUGAUCACCCUGUUACAGGAUAACUUUCCUGUAGUGUAUUUGAGGUUUAAAAAGGCUUCUGAAGUUUGUAAUUUCCACUUUAACAUUUCAGACUUCAUUUUCCCUUACCAAAAAUGUAUCAACCCAUGAAUUAUAAUCCACAUAAUAAUUCACAUUUUCUGUUGCUGCAGGAUUAUCUUCCUGCUUUAGCAAACUGGCUCAAAUUAAGAUGUGAUUGUAUUAGAAUCCCAAUUAGCUGUUGAACAAGCAGCAGCACGGUCGUUCCACUAAAAUUAUAUUUUAAGUAGAAAUUAUGCACCAAUAUUGAAUUUUAAAAGCCUGAUAUAUUAAAUGAAGUGCACUUUAAUAUAGACCACACUGAGAAUUCAAUAAAUCAAUUUUUUUAAUAUGAAUAAAGGCUUGUUAAAAUGCUAAACUUCUGCAUUUUGACAUGUCCCUCCGUCAACCCUGUGUCACUUCUAGGAAGAUUUUAACCCACUUAAUCCAAAAACGUCUCAAAGUUUCACCAUCAUUGUAAAGGCCUAGUUAUUUUGCUGCUUUGACAGUUAUUUCUGACGAUGAUUAUUUAUAUUCAUGUGAUUAGCCUUUAUGUGUGUCCCUCAUUCUAAUGCCAACCUUGUUAAAAUGGUUACUCCUUUAAAACAAUGGACCAUUCCAUUGUUUGGUUAACCCAAACAAUUUACCCCUUUUAAAAACAUUGGACCAUUCCACCAAAUUAAAUGAUUUACAGCAUUGUUUGGGUCCUCUGAACAGCGGUGGAAAAGGAAGUAAGUCUUCUCUCUCUUUUUGGUCUAUUUAUAAUUGUUUUAUCAGUUAAUAUUAGGAAAACUUGAAUUUGAUUUAACUAUCGUUAUGUGUGGAACAUAUGUAUAAUUCCUAAUUUAAUGAACAGCGUGUGGUCCCAUGCUCUGCACCACAUGAGGAGUAAUGGCUGAUCUUCACCUAAAAACUCAACCCUGUUAUCGUCAACCCUGUUAGAGGCCCAACUAACUUUAUCAGUUUGAUAUUACGUUUAUUUGUACAAGGGAUACUUGAUCAAUGAGGAAAUGUUGGGUUUAUCUCAAACAUGUUUUUAUUUAAUACUUAGUAAACCGUUACAUUCGGAAAGUAUUCAGUCCCCUUGCCUUUUCCCACAUUUUGUUACUUUACAGCCUUAUUCUAAUAUUGAUAAAAAAUAUGUUUUUCUCAUCAAUCAACACGCAAUACCCCACCUGUCUAUAUAAAGGUCCCACAGUUGACAGUGCAUGUCAGAGCAAAAACCAAGCCGUGAGAUCGAAGGAAUUGUCCAUAGAGCUCCGAGACAGGAUUGUGUCGAGGCACAGAUUUGGGGAAGGUUCCCAAAAAAUCUCUGCAGCAUUGAAGGUUCCCAAGUACACAGUGGCCUCCGUCAUUCUUAAAUGGAAGAAGUUUAGAACCAACAAGACUCAUCCUAGAGCUGGUCGCCCGGCCAAACUGAGCAAUCGAGAGAGAAGGGCCUUUGUCAGGGAGGUGACCAAGAACCCGAUGGUCACUCUGACAGAGCUCCAGAGUUCCUCUGUGGAGAUGGGAGAACCUUCCAGAAGGACAACGAUCUCUGCAGCACUCCACCAAUCAGGCCUUUAUGGUAGAGUGGCCAGACGGAAGCCACUCCUCAGUAAAAGGCACAUGACAGCCCGCUUGGAGUUUCCCAAAAGGCACCUAAAGGACUCUCAGAACAUGAGAAACAAGAUUCUCUGGUCUGAUGAAACCAAGAUUGAACUCUUUGGCCUGAAUGCCAAGCGUCACGUCUGGAAGAAACCCGGCACCAUCCCUACGGUGAAGCAUGGUGGUGGUGGCAGCAUCAUGCUGUGGGGAUGUUUUUCAGCGGCAGGGACUGGGAGACUAGUCAGGGUUGAGGGAAAGAUGAACAGAGCAAAGUACAGUGAUCCUUGAUGAAAACCUGCUUCCAACAGGACCCUAAGCACACAGCCAAGACAAUGCAGGAGUGGCUUCGGGACAAGUCUCUGAAUGUCCUUGAGUUGCCCAGCCAGAGCCCGGACUUCAACCCGAUUUUAAGAUCUCUGGAGAGCAGCGACGCUCCCGAUCCAACCCGACAGAACUUGAGAGGAUCUGCAGAGAAGAAUGGGAGAAACUCCCCAAAUACAGGUGUGCCAAGCUUGUAGCGUCAUACCCAAAAACACUUGAGGCUGUAAUCGCUGCCAAAGGUGCUUCAACAAAGUACUGAGUAAAGGGUCUGAAUACUUAUGUAAAUGUGAUAUUUCAGUUUUUUGUAUUUUAUAUGUUUUUGCUUUGUCAUGAUGGGGUAUUGUGUGUAGAUUGAGCUGUUUUUUUUUGGGGGGGGAAGUAAAGGGGUCUGACUACUUGUACAUAAGUGUCUGUAACAGAGUUGGCAGACGGUGUGGUACAAUGCAGAUCAAAUGCUCUUAGUUCAUAGGACUUUAAUGGCUGAGAUGGGAAAAGGUGUUUUCCGUAGGCUAAACAUAUCCUCCAUAUAAUUUUUAUGUUGAAAGAAGAGGUAUUUGAAAGUUAAUUUCUUAAAAGUUUGCCUUUCCAAAAGGCACCUAUUCGUGGAAUGACCCAGCUAUUGUUCCUGGGGUCCACAAGAUCCUACAGUGUUUGUGAUUUUGGCUCAUUUCAUAUAACCAGCAAACUGCUCAGGGUCAAUUCCAGUUUGAUUGAAUUCUUGCAAUUCUUGCAAUGAAAGUAAAAGGCACUCCUGAAUUGAAAUGGAACUGAACACACAACCCUGUUAUAUCAUCUUUUAAAAUGUGUUGGGACCUUGUGAACUGCACAAAAAAACAAUUUGUUGUGGUCUGAUCUGCCAGUGAGUGUCUGACCUUUUUAUCUCGGAACAAAAACGCCUAACAAAAACUCUCUCUUGCUGUCUGUGUGUGCAGGACGGCAGGGUAUUCAUCUGGACGUGUGACGACCCUUCAGGCAACACGUGGACGGCUAAACUCCUCCACAAGUUCAACGACGUGGUGUGGCAUGUCAGCUGGUCCAUCACUGGAAACAUCCUGGCUGUGUCUGGGGGGGAUAACAAGGUCAGUACACACACACACACACACACACACACACACACGGUCAGUGGUGAAGUGUUUACUCUUUUACCAGGCAGCUGAAUAAACUUGAUCCCCAGCAAUGUAUCAUUUAUGCCACUUAGCAGAUACUUCAUGCAAAGCGUCUAAAAGUACAGUGAGUUUAUACACGUACAUCCCAUCAUCAGUGCUGUCACAAAUGAUCCCCUUGGUUACCUGUCAUUCUCGUCCAGUGUUGUUUUCUUAAUGUAUAUUGUUGUCGGCUGUCUCCAGGUGACGUUGUGGAAGGAGUCGGCAGACGGCCAGUGGGCCUGUAUCAGCGAUGUCAACAAAGGCCAGGGAGCCGUAUCGUCCAUCGCAGACGGAGCGAAGAACGAGCAGUGA